UAGAAGUAAAAAUACUAAAUCGACAUCUGAAUUUACACUUUGAGUUCGAGAAGUCCCUGUUUUGUCAGAUAUAUUCUAUCCUCGCUAAUUAUUAUGUCAGUAUCUUCAAUAAAUAGACCAAAAACGGUGCACUCCUAUUUCUGAAACACACUCUCUCCUCUCUCAGAAACAAGUCGUUUAAUUGUUGUGAUAGUUAAUGAUGGGCUGAGUUGCAGGUGGAACCGGGCCGAUGCGCCUUGUGACGUACGUCGUAUGCAGCGAAUGUCUAAUGAGUUCACGCAGAACAAACGACGAGCCUCUUUGAAUGAAAUUAAUUAAAAGAGCAAUAGUGUCCAUGUGAUCCCGUGAGAAAGAAAAUAAAGUUUAAAACGACACUAAAGAGUAAUAGUAUAAAAGGAGGGGAAUUUUUAAAAGGGAGAAGGGGCAGUACCGCCUCUUGCAGUGUGGGUGGGGCUGACAAGAAUAGACUACAUUAUGCAGUUCAUUUAGUUAACAAGUGAAAUAAUAGGGAAGCGUGCAGAGUGAAUGCCGAGAGAAAAGGCACAAAACCCUAUUGAGAGCUCUCAGCCGCUAGUAGCGUAACCGUCACAUGGGCGAACUGGCUCUCCAACUAUUUAAAGCAGGAACACUUUCUCUUCAGCACCAUUCUGCCAUCCAGCCUUGGGUACAGACUGACAACGAGAAACUUUUGCGAACUCUCAGACGCUAGGCGAAGAAGCACAUCGGGGCUGCCAAGAUGCCGAGAUCGUUUCUUGUGGAUUCCUUGAUUUUGAGGGAGAACAGCGAAAAAGGAACCGAGAACAGCCCGCCGUUGUUUCCCUACGCUGUGCACCCGUCUCAUCCUCUCCACGGUCUCUCCGCCGGCUCCUGCCACUCUCGAAAAGCGGGCUUGCUGUGCUUUUGCCCGCUGUGCGUCACGUCUCAGCUGCACCCGUCGCCUCCGGCGCUCCCGCUCAUCAAGGCUUCCUUUCCUGCCUUCGGCUCCCAGUACUGUCACACGGCGCUAUCCAGGCAACACUCCACUUCCAGCGGUGUAAACCUCAACAGCGGCUCGGGGCUAUACCAAGCCUCAUACCCAGUUCCAGACCCACGACAGUUCCACUGCAUAUCCAUAGAGAAUAACAGCAGUCAACUUCAGAGCAGCAAGCGCAUGCGCACUGCCUUCACCAGUACGCAACUUCUGGAGUUGGAGAGGGAGUUCACCUCCAACAUGUACCUGUCGAGACUUCGGCGCAUAGAGAUCGCGACUUACCUCAAUCUGUCCGAGAAGCAAGUCAAGAUCUGGUUCCAGAACCGCCGCGUCAAGCACAAAAAAGAAGGCAAAAGCGGCUCCCACAGGACGGGCUCGCACAACUGCAAGUGCUCGUCGUCCCUGUCCUCCGCCCGGUGCUCCGAGGAAGAAGAUGACCUUCCCAUGUCACCCCCGACAUCAGAAAAAGAGGACGCAGAUCUGUCCGUUAGCCCUUAAACUCUCUCUAGCGCAUUGCUCACGAUGACCACCACCUCAAAAGACUCUGUACGCCACACCUGUGGAUCCUUGAAUGCAGCCAAAAAGCGACGGUAUCCGUGCGCGCCGUCACCUGUAAAUAGCGAGAAAGAAAGAAAAAAAAACUUUAUAUAUGUUCGGGGUCUGCGUAUCCCUUUAAUGUUGUAUAUUUGUAUACAUGUUCUAUGUUUGUAGUUUUUUUCUGAAAACAACUUAAGCCCAUAGUUCCGCAUCCAAAUACAGAUCCUGUCACCAAAAGUUUUUAAAAUCUGUGCUAUCAAACUGUCCAAAAUUAAUUUGUACUUUGUUAUUAUUAUUAUUUUUUAAAGAUGUUCAGUUGUUUUGUUUGUAUGGAGGGUGAGUGCAGGGUAGCUUUAAGCACAUUUUGGGGACGGAAUGGAAAUAUGGGAUGUAUCCGAUGUAUGCGUCACUUCAGUGACAGAAUUUGUUAUUGUUCUUUUAUUGUAAUGAGAAUAUUUAUUUAUUUAAAAAAAAAACUUAAUGCUGAAAAUAAAGAAUA